ACACGCCGUAGAUCUGCUCUAAUAGCCUAUCGCAGUUUGAGACACUCACUUAACAGUCACACACACACGCGCACUCACACACACACGGCUAAACCAAAAAAAGCACACUCCUCAACUACACCGGUGGGGGGGACAUAGAUACCAGAUGAGAUUUGUUUCCAAACGCGCACAGAUGGCGGUGUGAGGCGUUUGGCUGAGAAGUACGCACGGCGCCGUGGAUUUGUGAACCUAUUUUGUGCAUCUUCUUCCUGUCUGGAUCCUGGUUGAGGGGAAAUAAACAAAGAUAUGGAUUACUCAGUAUGCCUACUUUUACUCCUGUCAACCAUUUCGUCUGUGUCGCGCGGACUAUUCCCAACACCGCAGAUAAUAAAGGAAUGGGUGGACCAGAUGCAAAAAGAGUUGAUCACAUUAACAGACACAGCCAGUGGUAUGCAGAACCUAAUACAGAUAUAUCAUAAACACAACUCUCACUUCACUGUGGAGUCCAACAAUGCAAGGGAACUGGUGGCGACAGCUGCUGGGAAUAUAGAGGGACUGCUGGCUAACCGCUCCUAUGCCCUAAAGAGGCUGGCAUCACAAGCAGAAAAGUUUCAAAUGGAGCACGAGUGGAUGGACAACAGUGAGGCAGACAAAAUUGUUUACUACAAUGCCAAAGAGGACCUUAAUCAGACAGAGGAAGCAAAGAGAAUGAAGAACCGAUAUGUUCCAGAUGAUUUCGAGAUAGACCCCGACUUCAAACGACUCGUCUCGUACAACACUACUGCUGUCCACAUCCCUACUGAUAUAUAUGAAGGCUCUACCAUCAUUUUGAAUGAGCUAAAUUGGACAGAGGCCUUGGAGGAUGUUUUCCGGAAAAACAAAGAGGAUGAUCCUUCACUCCUCUGGCAGGUGUUUGGCUCUGCCACCGGAUUGGCUCGGUAUUACCCAGCAUCCCCUUGGAUCAACUCGAGCAAUUCGGCCAAUAAAAUCGACCUCUACGAUGUGCGCAGGCGACCGUGGUACAUUCAGGGGGCGUCGUCACCCAAGGACAUGCUGAUCCUGGUGGAUGCGAGUGGCAGCGUUUCAGGUCUCACCCUCAAACUCAUCCGAACGUCUGUCAGCAAGAUGCUGGAGACCCUCUCUGACGAUGACUAUGUGAACGUGAUCUAUCUCCCUUCGUUCAAUGACAAAGCCUUGUACGCGUCAUGCUUUGAGAACCUGGUACAGGCCAACGUCCGCAACAAGAGGAAGCUGAAAGAUGCUGUGCAGAAUAUCACUGCCAAGGGUACCACCAACUACAGAGGCGGCUUCGAGCUGGCCUUCGAGCAGCUCGCACAGAUGAAUGUCUCAAGGGCCAACUGUAACAAGAUUAUCAUGCUCUUCACUGAUGGAGGAGAAGAGAGAGCAGAGGAGAUCUUUAAAAAGUACAACCCUAAGCAAGCGGUGCGCAUCUUUACAUUUUCAGUAGGUCAACACAACUACGACAAAGUACCAAUACAGUGGAUGGCCUGCGCUAAUAAAGGGUACUACUAUGAGAUCCCAUCUAUAGGUGCCAUCAGGAUCAACACUCAGGAGUACCUGGAUGUUUUGGGCAGGCCUAUGGUUAAGGCUGACAAAAAGGCCAAGCAGGUUCAGUGGACCAAUGUCUACCUGGACGCACUGGAGCUUGGCCUGGUGAUCACUGGAACUCUGCCUGUUUUCAACAAGACCAGCACAGGCUCAAAGAAAUCUCAAAACCAGCUCAUCUUGGGAGUUAUGGCUAUUGAUGUUUCCCUGGAAGAUAUUAAGAGACUGACGCCUCGUUUUACUUUUGGACCAAAUGGCUACUACUUUGCCAUUGACCCCAAUGGAUAUGUGCUGCUCCACCCUAAUCUCCAGCCGCUGACUGCCAAGUUUCAUGAACCUGUAACUUUGGACUUCCUGGAUGCAGAGCUGGAGAAUGAGAUCAAAGUGGAGAUAAGAAGACAAAUGAUUGAUGGUCUUAAAGGGAAUUACACAAUAUCUACAUUGGUGAAAUCCCAAGAUGAGCGCUACAUUGACUUAGGUCAGAGGACGUACACCUUUGCACCAGUGAAGGGGACAGAUUACAGCCUGGCCCUGGUCCUUCCUGAGUACAGUAUGCAUUACAUUCGGGCCAAAAUCGGCGACACAAUCACCCAGGCAAAAUCAUUUUUGGGGAAAGAUGUUUCUGAAAGCUUGCUGGCGGACAAGUUUGAUGAAUAUGGCUAUACAUUUAUUGCACCGAGGGUGUACUGUAAGGACUUAAAGCCACCUGACAAGAACAAAAACAACACUGAGUUCCUCAUGGAGUUCAACAAUUACAUUGACACAAAGACUCCAAACAACCCCAUGUGUAAUGUGGAGCUGGUGAACCGAUUGCUCCUAGAUGCUGGCAUCACCUCGGAUCUGAUCAGGAUUUGGAAAGAAAAAGAGUUGCAGCAUGGUGUCUUGGCCAGAUUUGUUGCCACCGAUGGAGGGAUCACACGGGUCUUCCCCAAAAGUGCUGGGCUGUCCUGGGAAGAAGAAGCAGAGACGUAUGAGUCAAGUUUCUAUAAGCGAAGUUUGGACAAUGAUCUCUACAUCUUCACGCCAACACCCUACCCUAAAGAGAACACAAGUGACGACUCAGUCCUGGUGAGCAGAGCAGUAAACAUCAUCAUUGAUAAUAUCACACUCAAACCAGCUGUGGUCGGUGUGAAGUUGGACAUUAGUACCUGGAUGGCGAACUUCAUCAACAGCACACAGAGGAUGAAUUGCAAUAAUGAGAUCUGUGGCUGUAAGAGAAACGAUGAGAAUGUAGACUGUGUCCUUCUGGAUGACGGGGGCUUCCUGGUGAUGUCCAAUCAAGAUGACGAUAUUUCUAAGAUUGGGCAUUUCUUUGGUGCUAUCGACCCAAUCCUCAUGAAAGACCUGGUCAACUCGUCCCUGUUCACCUUUAAGAAGACCUUCGACUACCAGUCACUCUGUGACCCCAAGAAAGAGAGCAAGGCGGCUGCAGGCCUGCGAUCCGUCUACGUGCCUACAAUUGCAGAUAUUUUGAAUUUAGGAUGGUGGGCGACAGCUGCAGCCUGGUCAAUACUGCAACAGUUACUGGUCACCAUCACAUUCCCAAAUUUCCUGGAUGCAGCCGAGAUGGAUGAUGAAGUGUCAGAUGCCAUGCUUAAAGAGGUCUGCAUCACAGAGCAAACUCAGUACUACUUUGAGACCAACAACCUGUCUUUCAGAGGCGAUAUUGACUGUGGAAACUGCUCCAGGACCUACCAUGCUGAAAAGCUGCCCAAGACGAACCUGGUCUUUGUCAUUGCUGAUGCAAAACUCACCUGCUUGUUCUGUGACACCAGGCCAUUAAUACAGGAUGAACAGCAGUCUGAUGGCCCUGAUCCAUGUGAACUGGCUCACAAUCCUCGGUACAGGAAAGGGCCUGCAGUCUGUUUUGAUAACACUGAACACGAGGAGGACCCUGACUGUGGCGGGGCGUCCGGCCUGAGCCCAUCAUACUGGCUAAUGGUGGCCCUUCAGCUGAUGCUGCUCUGGGUUUUGACUGGCUCCAGACACCAUGCCAUCCUAUCAUGACCAUCCUGAUCACAACCCCCCACCACCACCAACACCCACCCACCCACCCCCACCCCCUCCGUUAUCUCCAAAAUGGCAACCAGCAUGCAACGCUGCCACCAAAAUGACAAACACCUGAUGAGAAGCUCUUGUAACAAACAAACAAAAAAACUGUGAGCCCCACAUCCUGCCAGUUUCUUCUUUUGAUACCUUCAUUUUCAGGGGUUUCUCAAAGUGAUUUCACCAGGUGCAAGGGUUCAAGUGACGAAAGAAAUGCAUAUUGGAAGAUAGCGGUUAAAAAACUCGAUCUACGCCUAUCCUUCAUCCCUUCAAUGGCCUCCGCCAGCUGAGAUUAGAGGAAUCCAGAGAUUCAUUUUGAUUGGCGACUUCUGAACUUUCUCUGGCUUGAUGUCUAUCAUUGAUGAAAGAGACGGACUGCCUUAUAGUAUCAGAGGGAAUUAAAUCACAAUGGGGGGAACUUGCUGUUUAUUGAAGAUGUUGAGCAGUUUUAUUCAACACUGCCCUUUGCAAGCAUAUCAUUUAUUUUGAAUCGAUUUGCAGUGGCUAGUUAUUAGGUAUUUAUUGUUUUGUGGUUGAGAAUUCGGCUAAGAUUGCAGAAACAGAUGCCAAAUUGUUACAUCACAAGCUUGUGCCCUUUAUUUGCCUCCACUGGAUUGCUGAUAAUAUUGUCGCAGUCGGAUAUCUAGAUAGCACUACCCAGAACAUUUUCAUGGUGUCUCUGAGGGUUCGCAAGAUGCAUCGUCUUUACUUUUGCCCCAGUGUUCUUUCAUGUAGAUACUGUAUUUUCAGUGUGGACAUCAUGUUCAUUGUUAUGUUUAUGCACAGAAACCAACCUUUCAACUGCCACAGAGCGCCUGCUUCUGAGUGUACGGAUUUUAACUUGGUAGCUGGUCAUCUAACCAUCAGCCCUGAUCAAGAGUGGUAAUAUAUCUGGAUUUCCCUCCUUGGUGUUGGAUUGCUCCAAUGAAAACUUUGUUGCCAUAGUGCGCAUUAACCAUUCAGGGUGAGCCUGGCUGGUGUCCUAUGCAUGCUCAUUGGACAAAAUCUCUAGUGCCAUGUGGACUGUGUGACUCAGAUGAACCCUUUAGCUUCCGUAGACUGUGGCUACUGAAUGAUUUGUUUUACUAUCUAUUGGUUAUUUGAAUGAAGCAUCAGGGCAGAAAUCUACUGUUCGUUUUAUUGCCACCACUAAAGAAAAUGAAUGAGGGGGAUAUAAAAGUUUGUAUUUGACAUUUUGGUCAACAAAACAGGAAAACAGUACAUUUGUAUUCACUGCUGUCACUUUUUAAAUUAAAUGACUACCAUCUGCACUGCAAUGCAAAGUGCAGCUGUAAUUUGUCUUUAAUCUCCUGACUGAACAAUGACCUCUAUCUCUAUGUAGUAGUGACGCCCCCUCUUGCAAUUUAUUAUACUGUGAUGUGAUAUCACCCGCAGCAGAAAUCACUGCAGUCAGUCCGUGCUUAUGGUCCUAUUUACUGCUAUAUUUCUCUCCAAUAUAAGUUCAUCUUGUUUCAUUUGUGUGCCUUCUUUUCCAUUGGUUACAUAUAUAAAACAUACCUAACUUAAGCAUGAAAAUUUACAGAUGAUUUUCUGUAGGUGGUUUCAUUAACAUAGUGUCUUGUUUGCCAGAUCGGAGAACAGUUAAAUAGUCAGAUUUCUUAAGAAAUGCACUAAUCAGCCAAACCACUGCUGCAGAGAAAAAUAUAUCUGCCAAAUUAAUUAAUAAUAAAUUUCACAGGACCAAAUUCGGACUCUUAAAGCUACAUAAUGUCAAUGCAGUACCAAUUAUGUCAGCCACGAUUAGAGUAAAUAACUUAGUUUAUUCUUUUCAGGAUGAUAUAAAUAUAAGGCAGGAAAUUAUACAUCAGGUAGAAAACAUGGCUGUGACUGUUGUAAAAAAAAAAAUCUUUAAAUAAAUAAUAUAAUAAAAAAAAUUUAAUUUUUACCUAAAUCAGCUACACUUGACGGUUUGUUUGGCACUGCUGUCAAUGAGUAAUCCCACAAUUUGAUCAUUAUUUAGGUGUCUGUUGCAUCCAGGUCAAAAUCACUUCAUUAAAAUGAUUCAAAUGUAGGUUAUGGGUGAUACCUCCAUAGUUCACUGAGAAGGCAGAAAUCUGCCAGAACAGUAACCAUUAUGUUACAACUGUUUCGUGAUACCAAAUACUUUAAGGAUUCACUCUAUGGUUUUACUGCCUAAUAGCACCAAAUUACCAAAUUUCCUUCUAACUCACUGUUAAACAAUUUCAAUUUCAACUGUUUCAGAUUCAAAACAUCAACAGAGGAAGUAAUUUUGGGAUUUUGGGGACAUUAUAUACACCACUGAAACAAAACCACAGAGUCUAAUAUAUCAAACACUGAGGCAUGUUUGCAGGAAACUACUUAAUUCUGUAGGGAAGUGAAAACCAUAAAAACUAAGCUGUGUGAACCACAUUACAACAUUUGUCUCUCAUCCUCUUCAGAAGUGUUUUAGUUAAAUAAUUGCUGUGACAUCAUACGGAAUAAUGUCAGUUUUUAUAUUUUAAGCGUUCCUCCAAACCAGAUCAAGGAGGGCUUGUUUGUCCCUUAUGGAGAAACCUAUUAUCGUAAUAUAACAUUUAUGCAAUUUACCAAGGCAAGAUGUAAGUCUCAUAAAUUGUUUCCCUGUGCUGCAUGGUAGUGGCUGACAAUUUGAUUUAAAAAAACAUAUCCAGUGUGCUUCUGCUUUAGUGUGUAAUGUUGGGAAGCAUAAUAUUCUGAGUGUCAGGCGUUUGUUCAUGAUAUGAUAAGGUAUGAUCAGCUAUUACUGCCUUUCUCUUGGGGGGGACAGCAUUUGGUUCCACCCUGGCCUGAGUCAGCUGGGGAAAGGGAACCUGAUUGGCCAGCAUGACGCUUAAAUGCACUAGUCUGUCUGAUUGUUUCAAGCCAUGUAUGAUUCACUUUUAUUUAAGGACCAUACCAGUGAUUUAGCAAGUUUUAGACCAGUUACUACAAAUCAUGAAUACUAUACAUUACUGCCGAUUAUUUUGCAAACCAUGUUGUGGAUUUUCAGUCAUGCUAGCGUUGUGGCUUUAGAGAUGGCAAUGUCGGUCAGUCAGUCGGUCCACCACUUUUGACUCUGGUCCCCUGACUUUUACUCCAGCGCCACCAUGAGGUUCAAAUUUGUUGCUUUGAGUGAAAUGUCUCAACAGCAAUUGGACUGAUUGCCAUGGAAUUUGUAUGAAUUGUAAUCACUUUUGUGAUCCCUAGACUUUUGAUCUAGUGUCAUCAUCAGAUCAAAAUUUCAUUGGUUUAAGACUAAAUACCUGCAAAACUAAUGGCAUUAUAAUCAGCCUCAGUUGUACGUUGUGUUUAGUGCUAAAAAAGGAAAAAAAGGAAAUGUUUACUUAACCUAGCACGAUAACCUACAAUGGAGAACAUGGUAAUCACUAUUUGUUAUAGAAUAUACAUGAAUUGUAGUUAAGAAGCUAAACGUGCAAAAACACUAGGUAUGGUUCUUUAAGUCACUGAGAGACGUACAUUGUACAGAUAUGAAAUGAGUGAAAAUGCACACCACCUAAAAUGCUCCAACUGGAUCCUUUUAGAAAUGCACAGAAAACAUUGGAGAAUGAACAUGAGCUCCAUACUCAUCCAGAUGUUCCAUUCUGCUCUUAAGUGCUAAAAUCAGAUGCUGUCACCUCAGGAAUAAUAUACUCUUGAUGUGAUAUGAAGUGUUUUUGAUUCUGUUGGUGCUCUCUGUAUGGAUCGUGUGGGUUGGCCUUUUUAUUUCUGGAAUCUUGAGGAUUGCUUAAUGUGUGUUUUUUGUGUCUGUUACCUUGCUGCCACUCUUUGGCAGACGAUUGGCGGGCCUGUCAGUCAAUCUUUAUCUGCCUUUGCUUUUAAGGCAGACUCUUGAUGGAAGCGUCCACCAAGUCGGCCUUUCGCCAGACUCCGCUUUGGGAGGGUCUUGUGGGCCUCUCUGUCAGUCUCCCUCGAUUGUGCUUUAAUAUGUUACACUUUAGUGGAACUUGAUUCUCCAGAAUCAGUCAUGUAAAAAUUUGUACAAACCUGAUGUUGUUCUCAACAAAAAGAAGAACAAUGUUUAUAAUCCUGGGGAGGAAAAAACGUGUUUAUUCAUGUGCAAAUAAGGUAUAUUCAGAAUAAAAGUUUAUGAUUAA